AGCUUUUAGGUUGGCUCUGAGGGAGGUAGUAGUGAGUCAUGAGAGGCGGGCUAAGCCUGGUCCUUUUGCUGGCAAGCAGCUGCCCUGCAUUCGGUAGAUUAGUUUCGGUGGCUGACCUUCAUGGCGACUUUGAUCGGACCGUCACCAUUCUCGCAAGUGCCAAGUUGAUUGACGAGGAGACUCACCGAUGGAUUGGCGGAGACGCAACUUUGGUCCAAACCGGUGAUAUCACUGACCGAGGCGACAAGUGCAAGGAGAUCUACCAGUUGUUCUUCCGACUUCGCCAGGAGGCUGAAGAGGCAGGCGGCCGUGUCAUAAACCUGCUGGGCAAUCAUGAGGUGAUGAAUAUGCAGGGUGAUUGGCGCUAUGUGAGUCAGGGAGACCUUGAGAAUUUCGGGGGGAUGGAGGAGAGAAAGAAGGCAUGGUCUUGGGACGGCUGGCUUGGCUCGGAGCUGCAGAAGUUUCCAGUAGCAGUGGUGGUGGACCGGGUGCUCUUUGUGCACGCGGGACUUUUACCCGAGAUGCUUGAACAUCGUAGUCUGGAGGAUUUGAAUGCAGCCUUCCAUGCAGCCUUGAAACAUGUGAGCAACUCGCAGAAGAUGAGAAAGGAUGAGCCGAAGCUUUUAGGUAGUCAUGGUCCGGUGUGGGCCAGAGACUAUGCAUAUGGCCGACCUGGUGUUUGCAAAAUGGCAAGCCAGGUUCUUGCAAAAGUGCAGGCGGACAGGAUGGUGGUUGGACAUACAAUUCAACGAGAUUAUCAUGUGCACACCCGGUGCGACGGGCAGAUCCUUUUAGGAGACACUGCCAUCUCAAGCGUCUACGGCGGUGAGAUGUCCUACAUGGAGCACGGCGAUGGAGGGGUGAAGGUCAUGUACCCUGGGACCAAGGAGUCCAUGGCACCUUUGGGCUUCGCUCAUGGUGAUGCCGAGUCAGCGUACAGAGGCACCGGCCAAGCUAUUGUGCCGGACCCCCCUGGCAUAUAGCCAAUUUAGCCGUGAUUAUCUUUGUCCUUGUUGCAAUCUGGAAGUGCUGUGGGUGCCGAAAGCCACGUACCACCUGAGUGCUUGCAAAGCCACGUACACCGCGACGGUUCUUGGCCUUCCGAUGCGAUGGUGUAAGGGUGAUGUCGACCAGCAUAGCUGCCACGAAGAGUGUGUCACUCCAAGGCGCGAGUGUGGCGCCAUGUGUGGUUUAUGGUGGUUGCGAAGACUGGCGCGAAGCUUUAAACACCCAAAAAUUUCUUGUGCGCCUAUGCAGGAACAGCUUUUUGUGUUAGCGCACAGAGCGUACUAGGAGCUCCAGUGCCAAAGCCUGUGAUGUAAAUCGUCAAGGCUACCGUCUGCGUUUUGCGCAAAAAAAGACUAGGUGCGAGGGUAGCAAUUGGUAGCCAUAGGAUGAUAGGUAGCCAUGCCAGGAUUGUCGUGGUCUUUGCUUCCGCCCAUUAACCCAUUCCGUCAAGCUGUUUGGUCCAGUGCAAACGCC